GUGUGACCGGAAGUGGAUAAAAACAUUGGAGGGAACGAAAAAUAUUCUGAGAUCUUCUGUUGAAAAGGACAACAUAGUCUGUGGUUUGGGACUGGUGUGGCAGCUCUACCUACCUUGUGUCCAGCUGCCAGAUCACCAUGGCGAAAAGGAGGAGCCUGUCCAACCUGGUGGUGUCUUGUAAGUGGGCGUCUUGCACCUUCAAAGGCCACUGCAUGGAGGAGCUCAGCGAACACAUGUCACUGCACCUGAAGGAUCACCUAGGAGACAGAGAUGCUAUGGAAGAACUAGAUGACUAUGCAUGUUUGUGGGAGGGCUGUGAGUUCCUGGCUAUGGGCAGCCCCAGGGAGCUGGAGAUCCAUGCUCACUUCCACACCUUCCACAGCAAACUCAAGUUCAUUGGGGAGCAGAUGCUCAAGUCCCACCCCAACUUCCCCAGCUGUACCCAGGACCUCCACAGCAACAACCUGGUCCCCGAGAUCUCAGAGGGGCUUGUGUGCCAGUGGGAGCACUGUGAUAGUACAUUUAACAACCCGGAGUGGUUCUAUCGGCAUGUGGACAUGCACGCUCAUUGCACUGGGCUCUCUCCUCUCCCAGACCAGCAGCAGGCCAUCUUCUGCAGCUGGAAAGGUUGUGAUGCAUUCUUUAAGAUCAAGUACCGUCUGCGGGAGCACCUGCGCAGCCACACUCAGGAGCGUCUCGUGGCCUGCCCCACCUGCGGCUGCAUGUUCUCCAGCAACACCAAGUUCUUCGACCACAUCCACAGACAGGCCGAGCCAGAGGAGUCCCUGGUGUGUGAGCAUUGUGACAAAGGCUUUGCCAAUGAGAGACUGUUGAGAGACCAUGUACGACAGCAUGUGAACCAUAUCAAGUGUCCCCUGUGUGACAUGACCUGCACCUCUCUCGCCACUCUGAAGAUCCAUAUCAAGUUCCGCCACUGUGACGAGCGACCCUUUCCCUGUGACUUCUGUGAGAGCAGCUUUAAGAACCAGCAUGACCUGCGGAAGCACAUGGAGACACAUAAUGAGGGGGCGGCCUACCACUGCUCUGUAGAGGGCUGUGACUACUCCUCCCGCAUGGCCCACACCAUGAACCAGCACUACAAGAGAGUACACGAGGGUGGAAUGGUCUCGAAAUACAAGUGUCAUCUCUGUGACAGAACCUUCUCUUGGUGUUACACACUCACUCUUCACUUGCGCAAGAAACACCACCUGAAAUGGCCCUCUGGACACUCCCGCUUCAGAUACAAGGAGGAUGAAGAUGGCUACCUGAGGCUGAACAUGGUGCGUUACGAGACAGUGGAGGUGACUCAGGAGAUCAUGAAGAACAUGGCUAAGAAGAGGACGCUCCAUAAGGGCCCCGGGUCCAGCAGCCGAGCCAAGAGAGCUGCCAUCCGGGCAGCCAGGAGUCAUGGCUCUCCCCCUGGCUCCUCCUCCCCCUCCUCUUGCUCCUCUUCCUCAGAGCUCUCUGCAGGGGAGGAGAUGUCAGCCCAGCCCAGCCCCAGGGGCAGUGACUCACCUGUGUACUGUGUACUGAGUAAUGUGUCUGAUAUGGGGGAUGACCCCGACGCCACCCGGGAUGGCUCUGACUCCUGUGGGCCCUCAGGUGCUGUGAGGGCCCUGACUGAGGUGGCCAGGGGUCUGGGGAUGGAUGUGGUGUGAUCACACACAGACCCUCCUUAUUCUAGUGGUCCAAGUAAACUAUUGACAUUGCCACAUUGUUUUCUCCAACCUUGAUCCUGUAGACUAAAGUAGUGAUACCAACUUGAAUUGUAUCUCAAUGAAUAGGAAUAUUCCAGCCGAUGAAUGCAGCCAUUCAUAUCUAACGCACUGUCAUUCCUUUAUGAAAUGAGCACUUGGUUGAAGAAAUACAGAUCCAGUAUCUUCUCAGGACCAGUGUUGGAGACCACUAAUGUAGCAUUACUGAAUCACUCCAAUGUUACAGCUGUGCUGCAUGUAUGAUGGCUGGGCUUAACCUGGGAUGGACUGUUUAUUAAAGUUCACUAAAUGUUAGUGUCUCUGGAAGAGAUGUGACAAGUUGACAAGAAUGUGAAGACUGUGUUAGUGCUUACUAUCGCUGAUCAAAUGUUUUUAUUUGUUAGUGUUUUACAGUAUUAGCUUUAAUGCGGCGAGGGCGUUAGCAGCAUCAGAAUGUGACCCCAUUGACAGCAGUUUUGAAAUCGCCUCAGGUUUGUAGUGUAGAAGUCUGUCAGGUCACUUUUUAAAAAACUAUUUUCCAUUAAGUUAUAGGUCUUAGGUUUUCCUUUGUGGUCACUGGAUAAUCUGAUUUCAUUAAUGCUGUAGCUUUUGAUUUGACCUAGUUUUUUUAGAUUUAAGUUUUGUCAGUUAUAUUUUUGUAUGUCCAUUUUAGGAACAGUAACCUGACUAACUCAUGAGUUAACAUUUUAUGAACGAAUUUGGUGGAUUACACUUAUGUUGAACAAAAUCAUAAAUUUACAGGUGUUUUAAGGGAUGUAAAUAGUUUUUCAACACAGUAGGUUGUCCUUUAUCUGUGUCAUACAGGUAAUAAUCAGAAUCACAGAAUUUGUCUUAAAGUACCUUGCAAGCUCAUAGAAUAGCGUCUUCUGAUUUCUGUCAUUACGAGGUAGUCCUGUGGGGGGAGCGCCAGACAAUGGCAGAGAGAAGGGGACCAGAGGCACCAGUGUGCUUAAGGACCCAGGGGGAAGAGUUCUGUUGGGGAGGCUACUCUGGGGGCUCUGUGUGAGACCCACCAUGGAAAUAUGUGACCCGGGAAUAGGUGGAGGUCAGGAGGCUGGGAUGGGGGAGAUGGCUGCCCAUGGUGGCAGAAUGGAGGCUUUGCUGGUAGUAUUCCUCUCUGAGCAUGUUCAGACGCUCUCUCCAUGAGGUAAGCCCUCUCCUCCUGCUUCAGGGCCAGUGAGGGGUGAUGGGGUGGGUGCGGAAAGCCGUGAUGAGUGUCUGUAUGAACAGUCUGCUGCCUUCAACAGCCUGGCCCCCACUACACCACGCAGAGGAUCAGCCCUCAUGCUCAGCUCUUGACGGGAGGAGACAGGGAGAUCCAUACCUCUGUAUACAUCCCAUAGUGGGUCUCUUAACGGAGGUCCCAGGGAAGUGCAGGGUAAGAGUGCCUCUCAGCUCCUGAGUAGGGGAUGAGCCGAAUAACAGGAGUGCCAACAUGAGUCCGGGCCAGUUUACAUACGCUAUUUACUGGGUAGAGUACUGGAAUAAUGUUUCCUAUGGUCAUGUGCUACAUCGACAUGGAGGAUGGUGUGUGUAUUGGAGAGGUCAGAGAUGGUUUCUCUGUGGGGUCCUGGAGUUGAGGGCCAUCAUUGAAAUCCUGGUCAUUCUCUCUGCCGCUUCAUGGCCUUUAUGUAGUUUUCACACUCAAGCCCUCUUCCUGUAACCUGACACCCAGCUACGGCUGCCAUUGGACCACUAACCAGGUUUCAAGGUCAUUGUUUGAGGAACAGACUUCUCUUUAGCACGGUGAACUGUCAAGAGUCCCUGCCACAUUGUGGCCUGUUUCUCCACUAUGUACUGUUUCCCCUCCAUCUUCUCUCUGGGUAGGUGCAGCUGCUUUCCCCAUUCCCUGUCCUGAGGUUCCCUGCUUGAAUCUUCCUGGUUGUUCAGGUUCUGUAAAGCGUGCAGGUUGGCAUUCAGAGGACAGGAGUGUCUUCUGCUGCCUGCUCCACCACUCAGGAGUUCCUCCUACUUCUCCAUUUGGUACAUUUAUAUUGUCCUUGUGGUAGAUCAUGGGAUAGUCUGUAUUUAAGAGGAGGAAGAAUAAGCAAGUCAAAGAAAUGUGAAUUUCAAAAGGCAAUUCCAUCCUUUAUGAUUAUAUAUUGUCAUAAUACUGAACCAAUGCUGAAGGGAGACUGAAGGUGCUACUCACUUAGUGCUAGGAUUGUCAUUCCACCAAAGGCUGACACUCAUUGUUCCCAAACCUCCAAAUGAAGGAUGUGUACUGUGUGACUCUGGAGCAGGAGAACAAUGGGAAAAUGCUACGUUGAGUAAUUUCUCUCUGUGUUAGAUUACAGUACUCUAGUGAGAUAAGUCAUCUUUUUAAGGAGGUUAAGUCUUUGGUCCCUGUCCUCACCUUGGUUAGAGAGUGGGGUGCAGGACUGAAUAAGGUCCUGCUGAUGGUGGAUGGCUUGAAUCAGGUCAGGACCAGCAGGCUGAGUCGGACACUCCGGCUCGAUACCGAAGUUGAUUGCUUGUGAGUCCACUUGCAUUUUCUGCUGAGAAAUGGAAGGACAGACAGACAGAAAAAUAGUGUCAGUUAUGUGUGGCUUAGAUACAAAUAAUAAUUUUGGGAUUUUAUAUACAUUUUAGUGGAUGUUCAACACAUUUUCAUACCUUCACCCUCAGCUUAUGGUGGUGGAUCUGCUAUGCAAUGCGGACAUGCAUUGUAUGCCAUCUUCCUGGUCUCUGAGAGAAUAUCCAGUUCAAUAAGUCGAAAUAGAAACAGAACUCAAAACACUUUUCAAAUGAGAACAUUUUGGCGAUACUCUAUGAAGAUUUAAAUUAAUCUAAAGGGUACUUACUCUUAGAUUCUUCUGUAGGUGCUUGUGUGACCCAGACCCAGUCCUAGGUCCUGGUGCCAUGUCUAGAACAUUUGAUGUCUGACAAAGACAAGGAAAUGUAGACUUCUGAUCACACACUACUAACUCAUGACACCAUAACAUGAUGAUACCUAAAUGCUAUAUAUUUUGCCUCAGCCCCAACUUCCUAGUUCCCAUUACUCUCUUUUCCACUGGUACCUUGGGAGGGCAUGCCUUUGGCUGGAAGGCCCCCUGCAGGGCGCUGAAGGGUCCUGGAUGGGGGACAAAGCUGGCUGCCAUGGGGGCCAACCCUGGCAUCACAUGGGGAUGGGUCACCUGUAGAGUAAAGAAAAGCAGUGUAUGAGAGAGAGAAAGACUUGCAUUGUGUCUGUAGAAUGGAUCCACAUUAGUUGAGAAUUUGACAAACUGUAAAAUAAAAUUCAAAGAACAUUCAUUAGAUUUGUACAGGCUUCAUCAAUAUAAUUGAUAUAAAACAGUAGUACUU